GUCUUCACUAAUGAACGUGAUAAUGGCUUAGUUUGAAUUAACUUUAGCUUAUUUCUUCUUCCUUCAAUAAUAAGGGACGUUGGCGCUUAACAGAAAAUGACCGACGCAAAGAAUAAUAAGCAACGUGUCAGUAUGGAAGUGGACAACGUGUCACAAGAUAUUUUUCUCCUGUCUGUAGGUCUAAAUCGUCGACACGAUCACAGUGCACAUUGCCUUUCCUUUCUUUCAACGCCAUUAUUAUUUAUUCAUUCAUUCAUUCACACUUCUCUUCAAAUCAAAUCUCCACACUUUAAUCUCUCUGUUAUUAUUUGCUUCAAACAAGUAAUAAUGGAAAACGGGGAUCAUCAGUUUCAGGAAUCAAAGGCUAAAUAUGAUUGUCUUUUAUUUGAUCUUGAUGAUACACUUUAUCCUUUCAGUUCUGGAUUAUCAGGGCACGUCACCAAAAAUAUUCAAGAGUAUAUGCUUGAAAAGCUUGGGAUAGAAGAGGAUAAAGUUCCUCAAUUGUGUGUUUCUUUAUAUAAGAUUUAUGGGACAACGAUGGCUGGUCUUAAGGCAAUUGGCUAUGAUUUUGACUAUGAUGACUUUCAUGGCUUUGUUCAUGGGAGAUUGCCGUAUAAUUUGCUAAAACCUGACCCUGUUCUUAGAGGAAUUUUGCUUAGCCUACCCUUUAGAAAAAUUGUUUUUACAAACUCAGACGAGGCGCAUGCAAAUAGAGUGCUUCACAGGCUUGGACUAGAGGAUUGUUUCGAAAGAAUCAUAAGCUUUGAGACACUAAAUUCCUUCAAAUCCAAUAACAUCAAUUCACCUCACAAUAAAGAUGGCAGUGAAUAUGAACAAAGUUCAUCAGGAAUAUUUGAUUUUUAUGAGUACAUUUGUAGGCCUAAUGCUGAUAUUGUGCUUCCAAAGACCCCAGUUGUUUGUAAACCCUUUGCAGAUGCAUUUGAAAAGGUUUUCAAGAUGACAGAUAUUGACCCUCAAAGAACAUUGUUCUUUGAUGACAGUAUCCGCAACAUAAAGACAGGCAAAUCUUUAGGCCUUCACACAGUCUUGGUGGGUACUUCCCUUAGAACUACAGGAGUGGAUCAUGCCUUGGAGAGUAUCCAUAAUAUGAAGGAGGCAUUUCCAGAACUAUGGGAAGCUGUUGAUAAGAGUAAAAGUGUCAAGUAUUCUAGAAAGGUUGCAAUUGAAACAUCUGUUAUAGCUUAACUUAUAUACAUCAAACUUUUGAAUUUGUGGUCCUAAUAAAUUUUGUCUUGGCAUCUGACUUUGACUAAUGUAAUUGUUAUCAGAAUACUACUGAUACAGUGAUGUAUUAUUUAUAUAAAUAAAUGAGCUUUUAUUUUGUAA